UUGGAAAUCGAGCGCGGGGUUGCGCUAUUUAUAAAUUAAACAAUUCAGCAGACAACUCAAGGUCUGAGGGGAAAAGGACUUCUGGGGACCUACUAAAUUUAUCGAUUGACAACCAACACAAAAUUACAUCAUGUCACAGUCUGAUCCUCUCAGUUGGACGCUGCUGCUCAAAAAGCACAAGAUGACCGUACUCUUGAUGCUCCCACCUUCCGCAACGAUCCCAACCGCCCAAGCUACACUCCUCCGAGCCCUUCAAACACGCGGUCUAACAGAAAUUAAUGGUGAUCCGAUACCAGAAAACUCAUCGGAUAUUGAAUUUGGUAUCGCAGUAGACAAAAAUGAUCUGGGGAAGGGUUGGACUAAGCUAGAGUUUCAAACGCCGCAAUUUGAUGAAGAUGAAGCACCAAAGCGAGGGGCGGGGAGGAGAUCGACAGCUCCUCUGAGCUUACAAGCGGCUGAAAUUAGAAAUGGACAAUCGGUUGCUUUCAGGUUCCGGAAGCGCGGAGAGGAAACUGAGACGACUGAUGAGCUGAUUGACCUCGAACUAGAGGAUCCUGGCUGGGAUGUUGUUCUUCCUAGUCUCGAUGAUGAAGAGGAAGAAAGUUGAAGUAGAUCACACAUUUCUCUAUCUUGAUGAGUAUCUUGUUUUGGUUGGAUUUUCUUAACUUUAUGGUUUUGGCGCAGGGCUGGGGCGAGGUGCUGUUAGAUGGCGUUCAUGAUCUUUCACCGAGUGUCUGAGAAUAUACAUUGACGACUUGACAUGUACCCUUACAAUCAUCUGUAUACAAGCAGUCAGAAGAGGCUUUCGUGGUGAGUAGCUUGUAGCCCUUGUUUGUAGCGAUCUAAAUUGCUUUCCUAGUGUGUACUCCUGC